GGCAUUUCCUUUCCGAUGUGUCGCAGAUUUUGGUGCUAUGUUACAGCUGCAAUCACAUAAAAUAAUUAAAGAGAGUCGUAUGAGAUAUUGGACAAGUUCUCUUUCUGGUGAUAUACGAAGAAUAUUUCAUACUACAGAUGGUUACAAGUCCAAUCAUAUUUAUCCAGAUGGCCAACCAGAAAACUUGGGAGAAAACUCGGGUGAUAUUUCAUCCAUUGUAUUUAAAAACACGGUAUCCAAACAGAAUCGACAAUUUUUAAGCAAUAAGCCCAUUGACAGUCAAACCUCGCUUAAAUUCAUGUCUACCAUUCCCGAAUCACGCAGUAUGGAAAUCGAAUACAAAGCGGAUUUGGGAAUGCAUGAAUAUGUGCAGUCCCUUUUUCCAUUCCCAAAAAACCAAUUCCAUAAUAUAUUCCAAAUGGUUGUCCAUGAAUUAAAGAGGAAUGAUUUGAAAUUGGCCUGUGUUUACCAAAUGAUUCAGGAACCUGAGCUUCAGUGGAAGUGCACCUACCAUCUUAAGUGGCCCCAAAAUAUAAAAUUUAGUGCUGUAGGCAAAACAAAGGUGGAUGCUUCAGCUAAAGCCAGCAUUGCAGCAUUGUCUUGGUUGUUGUCCAAUAAAGCGAUUGACGAACGGGGAAUGCCCAGACUGGUAGACGAGCACGAUGCAAGGAGAAUGCUAAUUAAUUCUGUGCCGCAGCUAAAACUCCCAGAGCAGAUCGUGGAACGAAUGACUGCGAUCCGUGAUCUACACGACACUGAAUUUGCACCUAGAUUUGAGGAGAAUGCUUCUGAUGAAACAAAUUCAGAUGUAUCAGCUUUAGAAUCAGAUACAGAAAUUUCUGAUAACGUACAGAAACGUUUCAAUUGGGACAGGUACCUCACCAAUGAAGAGGUCAAACUACCGAUUUCUGAUUCUAAAGAAAAAUUUAUUUCACUAUUAAGGGAAAAUAGGGUGGUGAUCCUGAAGGGAGAUCCGGGCUGUGGUAAAAGCACAAGAAUUCCGCAGUACAUACUUGAAGCUUGGGCACAAGAAGCUGAUGAUGAAAAACCUUGUAAGAUUGCUGUAACACAGCCUAGGAGAAUUGCAGCAGUCUCUCUUGCGAAAAGGGUUGCCAGUGAACGAUACGAAAUCGUUUCGCCAGUAGUGGGCUAUCAAGUUAAAAUGGUAUCGAAAUUUAACGAGGACACGGGCAGAAUUUUAUACUGUACAACCGGAAUUUUGUUAAACCGUAUGAAGAGCGACCCUAAUUUAACUAGUUUCACGCACGUUGUUUUGGACGAGGUCCAUGAACGAAGUCUUGAUAUGGAUUUAUUGAUGACUCUUUUGCGAAAUGCAUUGACUAAUAAUCCUGAUUUGAAAAUCAUUGUUAUGAGUGCAACCAUUAACACGAAUAUCUUCCAACAAUAUUUUAAUGGAGCGCCUGUUUUGGAAGUUGAAGGUUUUACUUAUCCAGUUAAACAAUACUUUUUAGAUGACUGCGACCUCGACUUAAAGCUCACGCAACAGAUGUGUGGAAGCUCAUCUCCCAGUGUGAUACAUAAGGAUGUAGUUACGCUUCUAAAUUAUAUUCACAGAAACAAAGAAGAAGGGGCUAUUUUGGUUUUCUUGCCAGGUUGGGAUGAUUUGGUUAGGGUUAAAAGUUUGAUUCCUGAUGACAAUACGUUGGUUGUUCAUCUUUUACAUUCAAAAAUGCAGGAAGAAGAACAGAACAAAAUAUUUUCAAAGCCACCACCUGGGAUCAGAAAAAUUAUUUUAUCUACCAAUAUAGCAGAAGCUUCUAUUACCAUCGAUGACAUUUCAUAUGUUGUGGAUACUGGUAUUUCAAAAGAAGUGCGUUUCCACUACGGGAAAGGAAUUUCCUAUUUAGAUAAUUACUGGAUAUCAAGAGCGAGUGCCAAUCAGCGCAAAGGGAGAGCUGGACGUUGCCAAUCUGGGGAAUGUUUCCAUUUGUAUCCUAAAUCAAAAUAUCUAAUGAUGGAUAGUUAUACAAUGCCAGAAAUUAUGCGUAAAUCAUUAACGAAAAUUGUUUUGGACUGUAAACUUUUCACUGAUAAUAUGAACUCUGAGGAAUUUAUGAAGCUGAUGCCUAGUCCACCAAGUUCUGAAGCAGUUCUGAAUGCUGUAAAGAAACUUAAAGAUAUGAACCUCCUCGACAGCUCAGAAAUUUUAACGCCAUUAGGAAGGACUGUGGCAAAAUUUCCGUUAGACCCAAAAUUAUCGAAGGCGAUUGUAAAUUCGGUAAUUUAUAAAUGCGUUACCCCAGUUUUGGAUAUUAUUACUAUGUUUUCGACUGAAACAAACAUUUUUGCAUUUGGAUUUGAUGAUAAAGAGACAGUGAGGGUAUUAAAAAAGAAAUUUUGUGAUAACAGUGAUCAUCUGGCCAUGAUGGAACUGUUUGAUCAGUGGAUGUCUAUUGAUGAUCCUUUGGAAAGAGAGAUAUUCUGCAAUAAAAAUAAUCUAAUAUAUCAUAAAUUAACCAUGGUGGAAAAAUUAUGGAAAUAUUACUACGAGUAUUUGGAUGAAUUUCAUGAUCUGCUUAAAUCUAGUGAUGAUUAUUUUGACAACGAAGAACUUAUUAAAGGAGUACUUUAUUCUGGAGUGGGAACCCUAUUAAAGUAUCGCAAUUUUGACAUUACCAAAACUACAUUUAAAAAUGUUGAUGUAUUUUAUAAUAAACGAGAACAAAAGAUUAAAAUUUCAUCUGAAAGUGUUAACUAUAAAAGAAAAGAAUAUCCCUCGAACUUUCUGAUUCACCUCUAUGAAAGUAGCUCAAAUAUACGCCGAGCAACGUUUACAGGAGAAACAAGUCUCAUGUCUAACUUGGCUGUAGUGCUAUUCACCAAUGAGGAAAUUGAUUUAAAAAAUGUGGCUGACUUCGAAGAUAGUUCAUCUGACAAGGUUAUAUUGUAUUUUAAGAAUACAAAUAUAGAAUUUCUGUGCCUUAGAUCGGAAGCUGAAAUUAUGAUACAAUGUAAAAAAGCAAUAGACGCCAUUUAUGAAUAUUAUAUGAAUGAACUACUUACAACCGAUGCGGGAUAUAGAAAUACUGAAGUCAGUGAAUGCUGGAAUAAAGUUUUAGACAAUUUGAAUGAAAUAUUACUUUUAGACAAAGUUAAAUAAUUUAAACUUAUUUAUUAUUUUAUUAUUUUAAUUUAGAGUUUUAUUUAAAGUAAUAAAUAUUUGUACCAAAAUAA